AUGAUAUUCAAUAAAUACGUUCAAGCCAUUGUGCUCGCUGCCUUUGUUAGUGGUGCUUACGCUCAAGAUUACCUUGUCACUCUGAAUGCUGAUUCAAAUAGUGACACCGUUGGAUUUGAGAUCAACUCUAAUGAUGAUUUGGGUAGGAAUCCAUUAGUGGUACAUUUAGAUAAAAGUAAUUUAUCACCAGAGAUGUUAGAAAAGUUAGGUUCUGUUCCAAACAUUGUCUUUGCUGACUUGCCAGAUUUACCACAGUUUGUCAACCUGAGAGAGUACAUCUCAAAGGAUGAUAAUGGUUUACAAGAAUUAUUAAAAGGCAUUGUCCCCGAAUCAAAGAAUAUUGACUGGAAUAAUGUUCAAAAUAAUCAAAAGUAUCAAGAAUUGGAAGGUGUAUUUAAUGAAUUCUUGAACGAUUCUGUAGAUUCAAACAAAAUGAAGUGGAGGAAAAAGAAAUAUGAAUCUUCAGAAUCGUCGGAUUACGAACCUACGUACACAUCAAAGUAUAAACCUUCAUAUUCGUCUGAAUAUGAAACUUCAAAAUCAACUCACUACCCGACUUCCCAUAGUAGCCCACACACCAAGGAAAAGUCUUCCUCAACCACAUACCCACAUAGUUCUUCGAAAGAAAGCUCAACUUCUCGCCAUAGUUCAAAUGUCAAUCCAACAUCGCAUACCAGCGAAAGCUAUCACAGUGACAAAACUCAUACAACUACUUCCCACGUAACCACAACUCACGUAAGUACUGAAGAAAAGAAGACAACUGAACAGAAGACUAUUACAACUGCUCAUACAACUAAAGUUCCAGUAACCAAAACUACUGAGAAAGAAACCACUUUGACAAAGAGUAUAACUAAAAAUGGAACGACUAAAGAGAUUGUUGUUACGACUAAAGUUCCAGUUACCACCACAUAUAAGAGUAUUUCAACGAUCCAUGAACAAUCUAACAAUACAUUAACAAAGACAACCACAAGUUGUCCAGAAAAGUCAAGUAGCACUGGAGAGGUUAUUUCUAAGACCAAGAAAUCAACUACUGCCACACCAACAAUGAUUAACUAUCCACAACCUUCAAUUGCAAUCAACGGUAACAUCACAAAUAUUACUGGCGGUGGUGAAGAAUUCAAUAAUUCGAAUUCUUAUUUCAAUUUAUCAAUAAGUUUCUUGAUUGCAAGUGUAAUUGUUUCAUUAUUUGUGGCAAUUCCAUAA